AUGGCGCCGCGCCAACGCAUCCCAAAUACCAAGUUGGCCAUGCUUAUCCCCAACAAAAAUGAGAUCUUUCGUUUUCUCCGGGUGCUUCCCAGCGCCGUAGCCUCGUGGGUAACUGCUUUCUCGAGAAAAGUCACGACACACUGGGCAAAUGCACGAGCAAUGCCUCUCCACCUGAAAUGGUCAGACCUGCUUCUGCCUCACGCUGAGGUUUUUGACCCUCGUGUCGGAAAACGCCUUUCUGACUCGCUCCUUGCGCUCUUCAGGACCCGCAUCAAGAAAAUUGAAAUUAUUUGUCGAAUCCGUGCAUUUCCACACACUCGGAGCUCCGCUGCAGCAAUCUUGGCAAGGGUGGAUGGCGCCUUAUCCUUGACUAUUCUUCUUCAAGCCAGCGACAUUGGUAUUGGCAGAUACUCCGACCUUGAAGGGCGCUCCAAUGGGCCUGUCUUCGUGAUCCAUGAGGAGGCACCAGAGUUUCAUGGCGGUGGUUGGGCCACUCUGUAG